AUGACCUCCGUGUCGUCUAAGAUCUCUCUUGAGAACCACCCAAAGUUAUCCCACGAUCCAGCAUCGUAUGCUCCGUGGAGGAAGUCGAUCGAGGUGUAUCUACAGAUAGGUGACGUGUGGAAUAUCGUCACAGGUAAUGAUACCGAACCUGGUCGCAUAGGGGUGAGAUCGGCAGCUGAGAGGGCGGGAUCAGUACCUCCUACCACGCCCGUCGAAGGGCAAGUGCCCAGGAAAGAAACUAGAAAGUGUUAUAACUGUGACACUGUAGGACAUCUAGCGAAGUACUGUCGUAAACCUAAAAGAGAGGAUACGAACAGGAAAGAAAACGCAGAUGUAAAGGAUGGAGGUAAAAAGAAAUGGAGGAAUAAUAAGAAUAAUAAGAAAGGACAUACGGUCUCGAAGGAUGAGAACCAGUCCAAGGAUAACUCCAAAACCUCCUUGAUGUAUUCGUCAUUGGAUGGUGAACACGAGGCGUGGGCCGGGAUGGUGUUACGGGGUAACAACGAAUCGAGAGGACUCUAUCGAGUUCGACGGAUUAGGACAGAGGAAAGCGGGAGUUGGAGGCAGUGCUGCACACCAGAGCCCCUAGAUUUCCACGAGACCUCCAUCGAGUUCGACCCAACCUGCGACCUAGUCGUCGUGUUUCCAGUACCGUUACAAGUUGAAGAAUCAGCCUUACGCACCUUGGGUCGAAUCGGAGAGUACUGUAUGCUCACCAGAGGGAAAGCGCGGAAAAUGAUACCAGAAAAAGAGGAGUUGGAACAAGGGCUGGUCCCAGAGGAAGAAAUACCAACAAGUUCUUCGAGAAGUACCAUUUCACAUGAUCUCACUUCUACUACCACUACCCCAGAUCCGCUAAAUGAAUUAUCGCAGCAGUUGUCACAAUUGUUAGCCAUUAUGACGAUGCAACAAAAGGAACAAAAUGCAUUAAGGGAAGAACUGGCUACGAUGAAAGCUGACCGACAGAACCAACAGAUACUCACAUCGAAAGGGGCAAGUUUGAUCGAAGUCGAAGAAAACAAGCCGUGUUUGGAGCCAAAACUUACCAACAACGAACGAACAGGAAGAACCAGGUGUGCGGAUCCACCUACCUUCAGUGGAGAACGAGGAGAAUUGGACAACUUCCUUGCAGCAUGUCACAUGAACUUCGAAUUCAAAGGGGCAGAGUACGCCACCGAUCGCAGAAUGUCACGAACUACGUCGUAA